GAGCUGGAAAGGGGAAAUUUACCAAGAGACAUGGCGCAGCAGGGGAACGGCAAGUCCGUGUUAUUCGUGUGUUUGGGUAAUAUCUGUCGAUCUCCAAUAGCUGAAGCUGUUUUUCAGAAGUUGGUAACUGACGCAGGAAUAUCUAAAGAGUGGUCCAUAGACAGCGCUGCAACUUCAGAUUGGAAUGUGGGUUCUUCCCCAGAUUCACGGGCCCUAAAGUGCUUAAAAAGCCACAGUAUCGAAACAUCUCAUAGAGCACAACAGAUUACAAGAGAUGACUUUCUUUCUUAUGACUAUAUUCUGUGCAUGGAUGAAAGUAAUCUACAAGAUCUGAAGAGAAGAGGUAGCCAGGUGCAGAACUGCAAAGCUAAAAUCGAACUGCUUGGUAGCUAUGACCCACAAAAACAGCUUAUUAUCCAGGAUCCCUACUAUGGUAGAGAUGAAGAUUUUGAGACUGUUUAUCAGCAAUGUAUCCGAUGCUGUAAAUCGUUUUUGGAGAAGUCCUCUUAGCCAUGAAGAAAUAAACGAGAUUAAAGACUAAUCUGCCUCUCAUUUAUUCUCUGGUCUUUCACAAUAUUCAUCUUUUAAGGGGGUUAUUUAUCAAGGUCCGAAUUUUUCGAAGUAUUUCUAACAAAAUAAAAAUCCGAUCAAUUCUGACUGCCCGAAUGGACCUUAUUUAUCAUUAAAAAUGUCUGAUAAAAUUGGGUCGUGCAAAAAUCCGAUAACUUCAAAGCUUUGCCCAAAAGUAUGAAUUCUUCCUACUUUUCCGCAAAUACUACGAAUGUUUGAGUUUUCAGACUUUUUGGUCCAAAAUCCCCAAAAUUAUUAGAUGUCCGUACGGACAGCAACGCAGACACUGGGACCUUCCCCUUUGACUUAUACACGACCUCGAGAGCUUUGAGAUGCCGGACUUUUAAGACCAUCAUGCUGUAAUAAAUUCCGAAAAAUUAGUCGUUUUAUUUUAUAGUCUGAAAACCACAAAUUAUUCCAAUUUCGGAUAGUUGGAGCAUAAUAAAUACCCCCCUUAGUGUUUUCCAUACAGAAUGUUGUAAAACUCCAGUGCACUGAGUUAGUUUCCCUCUGUUGGGCAUCCAAUUAAUAUUUCCUUCUUUGUGAUUAUUUAAAUAAAGAAGUUUUAAUAAA